AUGAAAGAUUCAGAAUUCAAUCAAGUAUUUUAUUGUCCAGAAUUUAUAAAUACAAACCCAUUAACUAAAGAGAAUAUUUUAGAAUACUUUUCAUACUCACCGUUCUAUGAUGAAUUUUCACUUAAUCAAAUAUUUAAGAUGCAGUCAAGAUUUGCUCAAAUUAACAUUGAUAAGUUUAUGAAUCAAACUAAGGGAAUAUUUUAUGAGGUAAUUGAAUCCAAUUCUGAAAAUACUUUGUUUAUUAUUAUUAAGAAGGAAAAUGUCUCUAUUAACAACAAGAUAGUUAGUAAUAAUCUAACAGUAUAUUUUAGUAUACUAGGUUAUGUUUAUAGAGCACCUACAUUAGAAUUACUUGAGAAUAAAGCUAUAAUAACAAUGUUAUACAACUUAUCUAAAGCACUAGAUUUAUCUGAAAAAAGUAAAAGAUAUGACUUUUUGAAAGGUAGAAUAUUCGAGUCAAAUGAUACAAUAGAAGUAAAUGAAGAAGAAAAUAGAUUUUUGUUAAAUACCUUACAAGAGUUUAUUAAAAAAUCUUAA